AUGGUUCUCAAGUAAGUGACUUUGAACUCAUCCUUGAACCUUUUUACUUAGCAAUAAAAGUUUAUUCACGGGCUUUGAAAAAAAUGUUGUUGUAAAAAUCCGAAAGGUAUUUAUUUAAGAUUGAUGAUUGUUAGUCUGUUGCAUAUCUUAGUAAUCAUUUAUCCUUCAAUCCUUUUUAUUCAGUAAUAGAUAUAUUUUGGUCUCAUGCAUUUCAUUGUUAGAGUGCUGACCAUGUAAUUUUAAUAUUCAACAUUUUCUUGGUUAUCAUCAAUGUCGUGACUUUAAGGGAUGUUAAUUGCAUGUAUUUUUUCAUAUCUCGUUAUAAAUUUCAUUUUUACGUGCCUUAGAAAAAAAUAUUGUUUAAGGGGUAUAUUCUAAUCCAAGCCUGAUACCCUGAUCUUAUCACUUCCGAAAGGGUCUUUUGAUAGCUUCUUUGCUUCAGCUCAUGGUCAUGCGCUGUUCUUGCUUCCUAAUCCGAAUGCCUAUUUGACUUUCAGGACAGAGCUCUGUCGUUUCAGUGGUGCCAAGAUAUACCCUGGGAAGGGUAUUAGAUUUGUGCGUGCUGACUCGCAGGUAAUAGAUCUGCAUUCAUCUUACUCGUGGAUUACACAGUGCUAAUAUCUUCUUAUGUCACAACAAACAAAUUAAUGUUUUGCUUCAGGUCUUUCUUUUUUCCAACUCAAAAUGCAAACGUUAUUUCCACAAUCGGCUGAGGCCUGCCAAGCUUACCUGGACAGCAGUGUAUAGGAAGCAGCACAAGAAGGUAUGAUCACGUCUUUCUGCAACUGAUCUACUGUCAUUGCUACAGUUUUCGCAUCGAAAAAACAUACCUAAUCAAUAAUAUUCGUGAAAAAUCUAAGGCCUCCUGCUUUAGUUUAACAUCUACAGUAAAUUCUCCUAUAACCUGUGCGUAUUUUGUUUCUAGUCUCUAAGAAACAUACUUUAUAUGUUGGUCUAAUGUUUUCAGAAGCAUGCAUAGUUGGCAGUGUUCACAUCUAUCAUUUUGAUUUUGUGAUUGGAAUACUUGGUCAAUCUUUAAGGAUUUGUGUCAUGCGUCUCAGCCAACGACAAGUGUCAUGCAUGGGUCGUCAUGGUAUUUCGAUGAUAUUGCAGGAUAUUCAUGCUGAAGCAGUGAAGAAGAGACGCCGUGCCACAAAGAAACCAUACUCCCGGUCCAUUGUCGGUGCUACUUUGGAGGUCAUUCAGAAGAAAAGAACUGAGAAAGCUGAGGUCAGGGAUGCUGCCAGAGCAGCAGCACUCCGGUAUGUAUUUCUCUGCCUCUUCAAAUUGAUGAAUUGAAUGAAGCUUUAGAAGGCCAGGUGAACACAGUGGUGAUAUCCUAGUAGAAUAUGGAAGAAAUCUUCGUGGGUCGGUACUAGUUGUUAUGUCUGACCUCCCACAACUUAGGUAUCAGGUUCUUGGCUUCAGUAUUAGUUAACUCGACGGCACUGAUAAUACAAUUACAUGGUCUUGGAUUUGUCAAAUCCAGGGAUCAGUUGCUUCAAAUGCUAUGAAGAACCUGGUCCAUUGAACCAAAUUGUUCAACCUUGCAAAUGUGCAUAAUUUUAGGUUUCCUUUGGCUAAAUUUAUCCUCCUUUCAUUUGAUUUCCUUCGGUUUCAUGCCGGGUCGUAUCUGAGUAGACAGCAUACAGACAAUAGCCCUCCACUUUCUUAGCUGGGACUGAAAGGACUGUGACUCUGUGCACAAUCCCCUUUCUUCAGUGAGAUCAAGGAAAGGAUCAAGAAGACGAAAGAUGAGAAGAAGGCUAAGAAGGCUGAGGUGACAGCAAAGACCCAGAAGACCCAGGCCAAGGCAGGCCUGCCCAAGGCUCCCAAGGGGCCCAAGAUCGGUGGCGGUGGAGGGAAGCGUUGA